UCACAAACAAUAUAUACAAUUAUUAACCCGAAACCAGAUGUAGACAACAGACCCAGGAAAAAACAACCUAAAGUCAGGAUGAUGUUGGCCCACAAGUCGCUCAAAGUGAAGAACCCAUCAAAGGUGCGGGAGGAGCUGCCGCUGGUGAAGAAAUCGUCGAAGCUGAAGACCAAGCCAAAGACCAAGGUCAAGGGAAAGGGUAAGGCGAAGGGAAAGGGCAGGGAUAAGGACAAGAUCGGGGAGUCGGGAUCAACCAGUAACUCCUUGACGUUGCCCUUCGAGCGGGGCAGCGGCGAUGGACCGCAUCAGGUGGAGGCCCAGCCCAGCCUGGUGGCGCUCCACUUCAUGGACAUCUCGCUGCGCCACUCGGACGUCCAGUUGCUCCAGUCCUCGCACGAGGGCGUCAACGAGCGCCUGGUGGCCUUCUACUACGCCUACUUGCAGCACCGUCGCUACCGCUCCGAGCCGGACCUGCACUUCCUCAAUCCGGCCCUGGCCGCCCGACUGCGUCACAUGGACAUGCGCCAGCUGUGGGCGAUGGUCCGCGAGCGCCGUCUCUACGAGAAACAGUUCAUCCUGGUGCCCCUGGCCAGCCAUCCAAGACCCCAUGGACACUGGUCCCUUUUGCUGAUUUCGCGACCGGAUAGCAAGUUCUAUCACUUCGAUUCGCUGGACAACUGCCAUUCGCUGUUGGCCGCCUCGGUGUCGGAAACUUUGCGAGCGCCCCUCGAGGCCUGGAAGUUCGUCCUGGUGACGGGUCGCUGCCUGCAGCAGCAGCGUCUGCCUCCGAGUAAGGAGGGCUGCAAUCGCGAUCCCGCCUCCGGCAUCCAUUUGAUGUGCAUGACCGAUCACGUGGCGGACUAUGUGUCCCGCUGCGGUUACGCUUCCAGUUCUCUACUCAUCGCCUGGGAUCAAAUCGCUGCGAUGCGCACCCAUCUCCAGGAGCUCAUCCUGUCGCUCGGAGGCAUCCUGCCCCCGAAAAGGAGCCGCUGAAGCGCAUCAAGCAUUUCAAUGUUCAAUUGACUUUUAUUUCUUGUCGCAUUAG